AUGCGGCGUAGAGUAUUUCCUGCUACACUUUCAGAAGCUACACAACAGUGGUAUUUCAAGUUACCACCAGGAAGGUUUAAUUCAUGUAAAGCCUUCUCCUCGGAGUUCCAUACACAGUUCUCUUCUUCUUGCCAACUCCCGUUACAUUUAGAAAACUUGGUCGAAGUGAAACAAAGACCAGGAGAGCCUCUCAGAGCCUAUAUAAGCAGAUUUAUGACAGAAGCUACGAAAGUAGAAAGGUUAAUUGAAGAAGGGAGGCUAGCCGCAAUAUUUGGGGGCAUUGAAGUACUUGGAGAACUAUGGAAGGACAUCAGGAAAGUGGCUCUGUAA